GUGCGCAUGCGUGGUGUAGAUGCACCUUGAGAAUAUGGCUGAGAUCACUUCUUGUCCCCAAGAAGCAAGCAGGCGAGCGCCGCGGCCUACUAAAGCGGGAGGAGGACCCCGCCUCCGCUCCUAAGAAAAUAGACAUGUGGAGGGGCUCCUGGAGGCAGCUGGGCCGGGUCAGAGGCGCGUUGGGCCCCCGGCGCGCAGCCCCACAGCCCUGCAGAGGCCCAGGGCUGCACCAGCUGGCUCGGGCCUCCUGCCGAGGCGCUCUCCUUCGGCCCGGCCCCCGGCCUCCCUCAGGCUCCGGCGAUCUCAGAACCAAGCAAUUCGCUGUUUGCCAUUUUUGUACUGCCGACAACCACAACAUCUCCUACAAGGAACUCAAAGAGUUGCUGGAUUCCAAGGCCAUUUCGCUUAUUGAUGUCAGGGAGAAAUGGGAGAUUGGGAAAUAUGGGGAUAUCCCUGGGUCCAUCUGUAUUCCAUUGGGCGAGAUAGCAGAAGCAUUACAGAUGGAUCCAGAACAUUUUAAAGAGAAAUAUAGUCAAGAUAUGCCUUCUAAAUCCGACCAUCUAGUCUUUUCCUGUCUGGCAGGAGUGAGAAGUAAGCAAGCUCUAGCUGCUGCAAAGUCUCUGGGUUUCAGCAGAGUUCAGCAUUAUGCUGGUGGCUUCAAAGAAUGGAAGGACAUGAAUCUUCUGUGAAGAAAUGAUUUCUGGAAUAAUUAUUCAGCAUCUUGAAACUACACGGGAAUGUUGCAACACACAUUUAGGCAGAUCAGUCUAAAAUUCUUCUUAAAAUGUCUAAGGUAGAUUUUUUGAAAGGGAUCAUAUGGUAUUUUAAUUAUUAGCUCUUCCUAUGAUAAUGGUAUGUGAGUUGACUUUAAAUGGCAUGUGGAGUUCCUUCAGUCAUAACAUCAGAUGAAAGCUAUGUAUUAUAAAAAUAGUAAAGAUUAAAUUAACAAGAAAACUUACACUAAUUUUUCCAGCAGAAAUAUGCUUUUGUUCAAGCAGAGAGAAGUAAAAACUGACUUCAACACUGUAUCUACUCUGUAUAACUGUGGUAGUAGUCAGUUACUCUCUCACAAAGAUACAGUUAAUGAAAGAUGCAAUCUUAUUUUAUUAAGAUAGCUUCUCAUGAUUUUAUAGGUUCCAGCGUUCAGUUCUUUUGUUAUAUCUGAUUUAUGUCUUGAGAUGAACUAUUAUUUCUAGAAUAAAACUAGUCAGACUUGUC